AUGGUGUCCCGGUUGCCUGAGUUGGUAGUGUUGAAACUCUUCUCCUUCCUGGAUGCAUUCAGCUUGCUACAGGUUACCAAGGUGAACAAGUACUGGAAGAAGAUUGCAGAGACGGAAUCCCUGUGGAGAAACCUGUGUGUACAAAAAUGGUUUUUCAACCAGUCCUUUCAGCUUCAGGACACACAGACGUGGAAGCAGCUUUUCUUCUACCUCACAAGGAAGGAGCGUCAGAUGUGCCUGGCAGAGCCAAAGGACUUUAACUUCAAAGAAACAAGAGGGAAUAUCGGAGUGAUAGGUCCUAUGGCUUAUUUCUCAGACCACAUGUUGGAUGAACAGAAAAAGUCAAUUUUGUGUACCGUGUCAUCUAGGUGCAUGCUGCUUGCCUGGGACGUGCAGGAGGGCACUGCGAUCUGGAGAAGUCCAGUCCAAAGAUCUCGACUCUUGAAUCUCACAACCCUCCCUCAGCUGCGCCUGGUAUUCACUGUGGAUGUGGAGGGAAUUGUCAAGAUGUGGAAUUGUAUGAACGAAGAUGCUCUGGGUGGGAUCAACAUGCCUCAUCCCUGUUUUUCCUUGGAAAGUUGUCUGACUGUGGAGGGACCGUUCCUGAUGGUAAGCAGCGUUAAGGGUGACAUCUACACAAUGACUGUGCCUGAGUUAAGAGAAGUUUCUAAGAUAAACGCAUUUACAUGCAGUGUUGAUUAUCUACACUUCUCUCCUAACAAGAAAUGGCUGUUUGCAAGUGGAACCCAUCAAGCCACAUCACCGAUGAUAUUUUUUACUGAGUGCUUACUGAGCUCGACAAGAGGCCACAUUCCUGUGACUCUCACAGUCCCCUAUUCAGCAUGCUGCAGAAUCUCCUGGGCCGCAAGGAGACCAAACAGAAUUGUAGUGAUGUUCCGAAACAGCGCUUUCAAAAAGACAGGGUUUAUCACCUUCGACUUAACAGCUAAAAGGACUGAAGGCAGAAUCAUCGCAAAAGAAAAUCGGGUCGCAAGUUUCCAGUUGCCAGCCCGUAUGGAGAGUCCUAUUUGGAUGGGGGUCAGUGAUGGGAAUAUGAUUGCCUUUGAGAGUGGACCCAGACUCUUCCUCUACACCAUCUACGGCCACCUGAUGAGACAAUUUGACCCCCACAUGAUGUCCAUUGGCAGCUUAUGGUCGGAUGCUGUCCAUUUGCUCACCACAACCAUGGAUGACUCUUUGCACAUGUACAUGUGGGAAGAAGCAGGCGGUGAUCCAUAUCUCAAGAGUUGCUUUCAUCUGCAAUACACAGGCCGUCUUAGUGGCACACCAAACUGCUAUGUCUCCAAAGCCAUCUGUGAUAUCAGGAGCAUAGUGUACGUGGUGUCAAAAUCCCGUGAAUCCAGCACUCUCUUGAUGUAUUCCUUGAAGGAUUCCUUGUAGAAACUAAUGAAAUUAACUGUGUGUUGUCUUUCGUGUAAUAAAGAGAAUCGUGUAUGCA